ACUUGAUUCCUUAUAUUGCAGGUAGAGUGGAAGUUGAAAUUUGGGCAAAAAAUAAUUCAAUUUUAGGUCUAAUUCUGGCCCAACUUAGAUUGAGUUUUGUAGGUCAAUGCCAAGGAAUGGACUUCCUACACAUGCAAACAUACGCACGUUUACUCAAUUCCUUAAACUCCCAAAACUGCGUCAGACAAGGGAAGCAACUCCACCUUCUUUUUCUCAAAAAUGGCAUCUUGUUUUCCACUCUGAGCAUCGCUAAUCGCCUCCUUCAAAUGUACGCAAGGUGCGGAAGAAUGGACGACGCCCGGAACCUGUUCGACGAAAUGCCGCAAAAGAACUGUUUCACUUGGAACACUCUUCUCGAAGGGUAUGCUAAGUCUGGGCACAAGACUGAUAUGUUAGACCUCUUUCACUCAAUGCCCCAGAAAAAUGACUUCUCAUGGAACACGAUCCUUUCCGGGUUGGCGAAAGUGGGCGAACUGGAUGCUGCAAGACGGUUGUUGAAUGAGAUGCCGAAGAAGAACGGUAUUGCGUGCAGCACGAUGAUUCAUGGUUAUGCAAGAAAUGGGAGGCCAGGGAAGGCUCUGGUUUUGUUUAAGGAGUUCUUGAAGUGGGAAGCUGUUGAGAGUGGAGGGGAGUUGAGGUGGGACCCGGUUGUUUUAACGACAGUGGUUGGGGCUUGUUUGGAGUGUGGGAGUAUUGAUUUGGGGAAGCAGGUUCAUGCUAGGAUGAUCAUUGAUGGUGUGGAAUUUGAUGCUGUUUUAGGGAGUUCACUGGUUCAUAUGUAUGGGAAAUGCCGUGAUUUGGAUAGUGCUGAUCGAAUUUUAAAUGCGAUGGAUGAUCCAGAUGAUUACUCCUUGUCAUCAUUGAUUUCAUGCUUUGCAAACUGUGGUAGGAUCGAAGAUGCAAGAAGGGUUUUUGAACUUAAAUCGAACCCUUGUGUCGUUGUGUGGAAUUCUUUAAUAUCAGGAUAUGUUGCUAAUGGUGAUGUGGAUGGAGCCUUGAUGUAUUUUAGUGAGAUGCGUAAGCAAGGGGUUGUUGGAGAUUAUUCUACAUUUUCUAGUGUUCUAAGUGCCUGUAGUAGUGUAGGAGUUCCUAGGAAUUGCACGCAACUGCAUGCACAUGCUCAUAAGUUGGGGAUCGUUUAUCACCUCGUUGUUGCCAGCGCCCUGAUUGACGCAUAUGCCAAGUGUAGGAGUCUUGAUGAUUCUUGCAAAUAUUUUGGUGAGCUCAAAGCUUAUGAUACUGUUUUGCUGAAUACUAUGAUCACUAUCUACUGCAACAUUGGUAGAAUGGAAGAGGCAAAAAGCAUUUUCUGUGGCAUGAAGUUUAAGAGUUUGAUCUCAUGGAAUUCAAUGCUAGUAGGCCUAAGUCAGAAUGGCUACCCUGUAGAAGCAUUAGAAAUUUUUUGUACAAUGAAUAAAAUUGAUUUAAGCAUGGAUAGAUUUACUCUAUCUAGUGCCAUUAGUGUUUGUGCCAGCAUUACAUCGCUGGAACUCGGUGAACAGAUUUUUGCUAGAGCUACUGUCAUUGGUGUGGAUUUUGAUCAGGUCAUAACGACAUCCCUUAUAGACUUGUAUUGUAAGUGUGGUUUUGUUGAGGUUGGUCGCAAACUGUUUGACCAAAUGGUGAAAUCUGAUGAAGCUUCUUGGAAUUCAAUGUUGAUGGGUUAUGCUACGAAUGGUUAUGGAGUUGAAGCUUUGUCUCUAUUUGAGAAGAUGAGACAUGACAAUGUUAGACCGAGUGAAGUUACAUUUACUGCAGUUCUAUCGGCUUGCGAUCAUUCUGGACUGGUAGAAGAAGGCAAAAAAUGGUUUUACUUAAUGAAGCAUCACUAUCAUAUUGAGCCUGGUAUUGAGCAUUACUCUUGCGUGAUAGAUCUAUUUGCGAGAGCAGGUCGUCUUCAAGAAGCUAUUGAUCUCAUUGAUAAAAUCCCUCACCUCUCUGAUGCUAGCAUGUGGUCAGCGAUUCUCAGAGGUUGCAUAGAAAGUGGAGACAAGCCACUUUCAAAGAGGGUGGUUGAGAAAAUUAUAGAACUUGAUCCUCAAAACUCUGGUGCUCUUGUACAGUUAUCGGGUCUAAUGGUCUCUACUGGAGAUUGGAAUCAGUCAGCACUCGUGAGACAGUUUAUGAGAGAUAUGAGAAUCCAAAAGAAUCCCGGCAGAAGCUGGUGUAAUAGUUGACGACAAAUGUAGAUUCAUUUCUUCAGGUGACGACAAAAGCAUCCCGGCAGAGGCCUCCUUCCAUAUAUUGGAUGUGCCAUUGCUUUGGGAGAAGCUCGGUUGGAUUGGAGACAGACCUUGGCUCACCUUUAGAUGAAUAGUCACUCUGGCAGAUGUACAACCAGAGAAAGCUCUCUGUUUCAAGCUCAACGAUGCAUUCACAGGAAGGACCACGGUCAGAAUUCUGAUCAGAAAGGUAGAAGAUGAAAGAUAUAAUUAUGGCAUUCGUCAACUUUAUACACCUGGAUAUUUGAGGUUGCAGUAGUUGGUGUCUGGAUUUAAUGUUACACAGAAACUACCCUGCUCCACUCUGUGUUGAUGUCCGCCAAAACUAGGAAUUGAAGAGACAAAUAAGGAUUGUCAUUUCUAGAUGAGUUCAACUCAAACUAUUAUUCAAGCACAAGAUCAGAGUGACACGUGAAAGGACCUUGCCUCCUUACAAAAGCCCUCAUGGGUUCCGGGAGAGGCCGGCCGCCUCCAUCUUGUCGUUCCGGAGGCUGGAAUCCACCUUGGCCGGAAAACAAGCUCAAGCUGUAGCUUACACUGA